CGCCAAGAAUUUAACACUAGCUUCGUCUGCAUUACAGCGCACUAUUCGGAAAAAGGAUGCCAGUACUCGGAAGCUGCUGCUGCAGCAUAGAUCUGCGCACUGGGUUUAUCAUCAUUGCGACGAUUCUCUUGUUGAAUGACAUCGUUUCUCCGAAUGCACUGUUACCCAAAUCUUCCAAUGCACCCGUACUCAAUUCACCUCUAAUCAAUUCACUGCGCUGGUUCGACAUGGCUAUGGUGGGGUUAGGACUUUAUGGUGCCAUCAAGAAUCGCAUUGUUUACGUGAAAGCUUUUGCCAUCUACAAGUGGAUUAGUGUCGCCCUGUCGCUUUUUGUUUUCAUCUUAACUGUGAUCGCUCUCACGGCAAGCGCUCCGCUGUUGGAAGAGUUUUGCCGACAACACAACUAUGAGAAUAAUACCGAUUGUAAUCUCUUGAUCAAGGUUGCUUUUGCGGCCUAUACGAUUGUGGGAGGGCUGUGCUUCGCUGUUUCCAUCUACUUUGGUCUUUGUAUUUGGAGUUACUACCAAGAGCUCCGCGAUUACCCAGAAAAGUAUGGUGUGACUCCUGUAGGAUUUAUCUACCUCCCGGUCAAUGGUGGUGAGGAAGACGAGGAAAGAAGCCGUCAAGACCCCUUCCUCCUGACACCCAAUCCAAUCAUCGAGGAUGAGUUGCCGAGCUAUUCAGAUGCAUCUUUAACUGGAUCUUCCUUCUCUGCACAGCAAACCGUCGUUCCCAAGGAAAAACCAAAGAAAUAACAGCGAUUUAUGUUGAUUUGACAUUCUUAUCAUUCUUCAUCAGUAGCCUAUUAUAUGUUUUUGGCUUAGUCGUAGGAUAUUGUGUAGUAGUAUUCAAUGUCAAAUAAAGGUGAUACGCAGCCAAGAGUUUGG